AUGAGAUUGAUUAAAAGGUUUUAUUCAUCAAAGAAAUCAAUAGAAAAUGCUUUCACAAGGAGACUUGCUGAGCUGGAGGAGGAAAUCAUCCCAAAGAAUGAUCCAUUAUUAGGCUCAUCUCAUAAUUCUUUAAUUGAUAAAGAUCCAAAACUGAUUAAAUUAUCAAAUGAAUUAGAAGCAAAAAAAUUUGAACAUGAUAAUCAAAAGUCAAUAUAUACCUCUCAAUUACCUCGAUAUGCUGGGAAACAAGCUAAAGAUAUUGCAUAUAGUCAACCUUGGACUGGUGAAGAAUCUCCCAAAGAUUCUUCAUUACGUAUGCUUGUUGAUAAACAUAAACCAUUGAAAAUGAAAACAGAUAUUGCCAAAUUAGCAAAUGCUAAAGAAACCGUAUUAGAUUAUAGAAUAAAUAAGAAUGUUAACACUGAAGAAGACUCAAAAUUUAAAGAACUUUAUCAAGAAAAAUUCACUCCAAUUGGUUCAUUCGAUAAGAUUAAAACUAUUGCAGAUGCUAGAAUUGAUGAGCAUAUAAAACAAGGUGGGUUUAAAAAUUUACCAAGAGGUCAGAAAUUAAACACUGGAAUUGGGAACUAUGUGGAUCGUACUGAACAUCAUUUGAAUAAUAUAUUGGUUACACAAAAUGUCGUACCUCCAUGGAUUGAAAAACAAGGUGGUGUUAAUUAUGAGAUUUCAAAUUUCCAAAAUGAAUUGGUUAAUAAAUGGAAAACUUUUAUUGGAUCAAAUUAUGAUCCUGAUUAUAAAGUUAUGCAAAGUGAAUUUAUUAAAGUUUAUUCUUCUCAGUAUGAUCAUAAAAUCAAAUUAUUGAAUAAUUCAAUAAGAACUUAUAAUUUACAAGCUCCAAUGUCAACUCAAAAAUUUUAUGCCUUGAAGGAUAAAGAAUUUCAAAAAUGUUUUGAUUCAGUUGAUAUACCUCAAGUUUUAAAAGAACAUAAAGAAGAACUGUUGAAAAGAAAAUUGAAAAAUAAUCAACAGAGUUCUACACAAAAAAAUGGUCCUGGUUUUUGGGGAAAACUUUUUGGAUUAGAUUAA